CAUCGACGUGACCGGACCGGAGGCCUAGGAACCAGGAGCAGCUGAAGAGGUCCAAUUAGGGAAAUGGCCUUUCCUUUCCUCUACUUCUCGUCAAAGUGUACGGGGUUGUCCACUCUUGUCAAGGCUGUUGAUGCGAGCAUGAGAAGAGUGGUGGCAAGAAACAUUGCCAGUGAGGGGAGCAAAGUGGCAGUGAACGGUGUUGAGCUACGCUAUGACCAGACUGGCAAGGGGAACCAUGCAGUGCUGCUUCUGCCAGGAGCUCUCGGAUCAGGUCGGGUGGACAUGAAACCACAGUUUGAGGGCCUGAGCAAGGACAAGUAUACGCUGGUGACCUUUGACCCCAGAGGUUACGGCAAGUCCCGACCUCCCGAUAGAGACUUCCCCUUGGAUUUCUUUCAUCGAGAUGGAAAGGAUGCUGCCAGCUUGAUGUCGGUUCUUGGGCACGAUCGUUACUCGGUUCUGGGCUGGAGUGACGGUGCCAUCACGGGCAUCAUAAUGGCAGCAACAUACCCUGAUCAUGUGCAGAAGCUCUUGGUGUGGGGAGGGAAUGCGUAUGUGACAAAAAAGGACUUGGACGCUUAUGAAGCAACCCGAGACAUCUGCAAGUGGAGCGAGCGGAUGCGGGCCCCGAUGGUGGAGUUGUACGACGAGGAAUACUUCCAGAAGCUGUGGAGCAGUUGGAUCGACAGCAUGCGCCAGAUCUGGAGCGAGAACCGCACAGAUCUGUGCAUGGCCGAUUGCCGGCGGAUUACGUGCCCAACGCUGAUCAUCCACGGAGAGAAGGAUUUCAUGGUGCCCAUUGAGCACGCUCAUUACCUGAACCAGAACAUCAGGGGAUCAAGGGUUUUGAUAAUGCCAGAGGGAAAGCACAACCUUCACAUGCGAUAUGCUGAGGAAUUCAACCAGCACGCCGAGAUCUUCCUUGACUCUUCUGCCAACCAGAAUAGUUUGUUGUAACAUGCAACUGAAAACCAUGUCAGAAAAACUACUAAUUUCUCGGCAACUGUGUUUAAGAA